CCUUCAACAAGAAUUUAGUAAAAGAAAAGUGCUCGGAAAUUUCAGAUGCAGUGGUAACAUAGAUCUCAGCAUCCUGGAAGUGGAAGGUACAGAAGAGACUGAGCCUACACCACAUACAGGUCCUCUGUAUAGCAAAGGCAGUUCCGAAAGAGGAGGUCUUGGGGAGGAGGUGGUGCAGCAGUGCACCCCUCCGGCUGUGGCUGUGCCGGGUGGCAUCCCUGCGGCUACGCAGAAUGUGGCCGGGCCACCCCAGCAUGCCCUGCAGCCGGUCGCAGCUGCCUCACUACCACCUACACUGGUUGACCCUGCCGAUGAGAUGGAGCAGCCGAAAACCAACAUACAGGCUCCAGAUCAAGAGAAGACCACCACAGUGUCUCAGCAAAACUCCAACACCAUGGAGCCAGGGCAAAAAUCUAACUUGGAUUUCAAUACUCAGGCUAUCCAGAGACAGUUUAUUUCAUCACCUGUUGGACAUUCACAAAAUCUGUCAGACAAACUUUCAGCCUGUGAGGCAGAAGGUCUUAGAGAGCAAAAUGUACAUUACGGGUGUAACAUUGAGAAAGCAAGCCUUGCACACACCGAUAUCAACAUGGCAGAGGACAUUGGUACCGGCCAUUGCCAAGAUAGGACUUCUAAUCCAGCAGUUGCCGGGGACAUUGCUGUUGUUGGAAUGGAAAGAGAUUCCAUGGCUCCAGAAAAUGCAUAUCCAGAAUACAAACCAGAGACUGGUAAGGAAGAAGUAUGUGGAACAACGCACACAAGUCAACAAACCACAUAUAUUCCACCAACUCAGUCUAGCUCAACAGUCUCCACUGCCUGUGAAACAACAGACCAAGACCACACGCAGCAGAUCCAAACGACAACGCUUAUGCAUUCAACUCAAGACAGUGUUUUGCCUGAGUCUGAUGUCCAGCAGGUUGAGCAACAGCCCCUCACAGCAAAAAGCAUCUCACCCAGCUCAGAUAUAUUUAGUAAUGUGGAAAACGUCAUGGAUGAACCCAAUAAAGAAGUGGUUGCAGUCACGGAAGAAAGUACUAUUAGUACAAAAUCAGACUCAAAAGACUUGUCAGCUAAGCAAGGACAGACUUUGUUUGGACUACCCAUUUCAUCAGGCAAUGGAAAUGACAACCCAAACUACACCGAUGAGCAUGAUGGAUACCUCCCCAAAAGUGUUCAACAACCGCCCAUUAUUGCAGUUUCCCCAGCUAAUGCUACCUUCUCUCAGAAAACACCUGGUCCUUCUAACCAGUCAAAAACCACACACGCCACACAAGAGAACCAGCUGAGUCAGGACUGUGUGAAUUGUACUGGAUCGCCUAAAUCUCUCUUAACAGAAAACAAGACUGGUGCAAGUGGGAGCUUGGAGAUUAAGUCUCAGUCUUUCGAUGGACAUCAGUUUGGCAGUGUGGCUGAUACAGAAGUGUGUUAUGAUAUUUCUAUUGAAGAACCAAAGGAUGGGACAUGCUCUCAAACUGUGGAGGCUCCUGAUGUGACCGAAGGGUCCCAUAUAGUGGUUUGUACCUCUUCAGAUGUGAUUAUUCAACAGAAUGACUGUGCCAACAGUAUGCAGGUGGCUCUGUGUCAAGAUCACCAACUGAGUGAUAGCUUUGUGCUCUUGCAUAAAAACAAACCUACAAAUUCUGAGGAUCUAGGGUUAGACUCGGGUCAGGUCAACAGCGACUAUUUAAUUCCACAAGAGCAAGAAUCCAUUCCAACAGAACAUAAGCUCCAACAAAUAGUAUGUCUAAAUGAUGUAACUGUGGAUGAAAAACAAGAGGAGGGUUUAGAGGCUUCCUCUGGACUACACACGGUUGAGGUGAAAGAUUUCAUUGACGUAGGCAUUUUGGUUCAGCCUGGAAUGGAGGACACAUGGUUAGUAGUAAGUGAGUCCUCUACACUGUUAGAUGGGCAAAGCACUGAGGAUACUGACAUGAUGGACAUUAGCACAGAGACCAUGGUGCAUUGUCCCGAAACUCAGACGUCUGUUUCUGUCUAUGAGUGUACGGUGCCCUGCUUUCCUGCGGGGGAUAUUGAUGAAGAUGUUAAGCUGCUGUUAACAGAUAAAGAAAUGGAAGAUUCUGUGCACAAACUGGCUUUUGAGCCUUUAACAGAAACGUUGAAUGAGGAGGUUAAUAUUAUUUCCAUUAAUCAACAAACUGCUCUAACUCCACAAGAAGUUUCACCUUAUCAGAACAAUUUAAUCCCUGUGGACAAUAUUUGCAUGAGGACUGUGGUUCCAAACUCCACUGUUUGCUCAAAUGUUAAAAAUGCAGUUACGGUGUUAGAUCCUACCCCAAUCAACAAUUUCUCUACUGUGCAAGAGAAACUGACAGAACACAAAUCAGAUGUGUCUCCAGUUUCUCUCCCAGCUGGUGUUAUAGAUCCAAAGCUUCUUAUCUUGAAGAAAGGUGAGACUCCUUUCCUUAAACACCCUCAAACAUUAUCUGUAAUUUCCAAAAAGCAAAGUCCUUCUGUCUUAUCAGGCACCCCCAGUGAUGGGCUAGACACAGUCUGUAUUGAGGGCUUUUCUGAAAAUGACUCAGCCCUGGAGAUUGCAUCUGAAAAGGCAGUCUUUGUGCCUCCUACUUGUUCAUCUUUAAAAGAUGAGUGUCUGAGAGAGUCUUCACUCAUAUUAGAAUCUACUGAGUGUGAGGACCAAAACCCCCAAGAAAAGCCUCUCUUAGAUGCGUCUGUGUCUACUCUAGAUCAAAACUCACCUGACCUGCUUCGAAGGUCAGUCAGUGAGUGUGGUGCCAUUACUGAACAAAACCAGUCUACACAAUGUCAUGCCAAGCAACCAUGCCAAGAUUCCAUGAAAUUGAGAGGGGAGGUGGAAGUGGAGGAGCAGCACUCACCAGUUCAACUUUUGGGAAAAACGAAAGGUGUACAGCACAACAGUGUGGGGCAGCUUGAUGCUUCUAUGGAAGAGAGCAGUGAGGGAGAAGGAGACAGCUCUUUGGAAACCCAGACUAACAACAGCAUGGUUACUUCCAGUCCCUCACAAAACAAGGUUCAUCGGUGGAUAGCUGGUCGAGGUACAACAGGUUCUACUCCCUCUACCUCUCGUACACCGUCACCACCUCCUACUUCAUCAUGCAGUGACUGGAUCCAGCCUUACAGCGACAGAGCUUUACCUAGCUGCAGCUCUCCUGGCAAACACACUUCACAGAGUUCUAGUGGAGCCUCCCAGUCCGAUCAGUCAUUAUACCAGCGGCCUCGCUUGGAGAAACACAGUGAUAUGGCAGAACUUGCCAAACAUGAAGCAGAGAUUGAGCAUCGGACACUCGCUUUGAAACGAGAGGGCUUUUGGUCCCUAAAACGUUUGACUCGUGUGGCAGAACCAGUCAGGCCAAAGGUGCACUGGGACUAUCUUUGUGAGGAAAUGCAAUGGCUUUCUGCUGACUUUGCACAGGAAAGACGCUGGAAGAGAGGCGUUGCCAGAAAAGUGGUACGGAUGGUUAUGCGACACCAUGAAGAGAUAAGGCAGAAGGAGGAGAGGGCUAAGCGUGAAGAGCAGGCUAAACUAAGAAGGAUUGCUUCAUCUAUUGCAAAGGAGGUUCGCACGUUCUGGAGCAGUGUAGAAAAGUUAGUCCAGUAUAAACAACAGUCUCGCCUGGAGGAGAAGCGCAAAAAAGCCCUGGAUCUCCAGCUGGACUUCAUUGUUGGCCAAACAGAGCGCUACUCAGAUCUGCUCAGCCAGUCCUUGCAGGCCACUCCUGCAGCUUCCAGUGUUCCUUCCCGACCCAGUCAGCUUAACGUUGCUGAUGAGGAUGAUAUAGACUUCGAACCACCAUGUGAGGAAGAAGAUGACGAGGAGACAAUCGAAGUGGAGGAGCAGCAAGAUGGAAAUGAUGCCGAGACCCAAAGAAAAGAGAUCGAGUUACUGAAGCAGGAGAGCAUGCUUCCGUUGGAUGAGCUCCUCAGUACCCUCACUCUUCCCCAGGGCUCACUGACAGAGGAAGAGCUUUCGGAUGAUUCCUGCUUAGCUGUUGAAGAUGAUGACAAGGAGUUUUCAGCUAAUGAGGAGGAUUCUGAAGAUGUUGAAGACACCAUAGCAGCCCAGGAGGUGAUUGAGGGAGAUGAAAACCAUGCAGAUGAACUUGAUGACUUGGCCAGAGAGGGUGAAAUCAGUAUUGAAGAGUUGCUGGAGAAGUACACGGGAGCGUAUGCUUCCGAUUUUGAAGAGCCCUCAGUAUCACCAGAGCCCUCAGAAGACUCUGAUGGAACAGAUGAUGAGGAAGAGGAACAGACUGAGAGGGAUGACAGUGAGGACGAAAGUGCCGCAUCUUCAGCUGAAAACACUGAUGAAGAGGAGGUAACAGAAGCAGAAAAAAGCAAAGAGGAAGAUGGGGAUGAUGAUGCAGGAGAAGGAAUGGAGGCUUUACUGAGGGAAGGUGAUCAAAGCCCCUCUAGCUCCACAUCUCAACGUCCCAAAAAGGAAAUCAGCCAUAUAGCUGCUACUGCCGAAAGCCUGCAGCCUAAAGGAUACACACUCGCCACAACUAGUGUAAAAACACCUAUUCCAUUCUUACUUCAUGGCAGCCUGCGUGAGUACCAGCACAUUGGACUGGACUGGUUGGUCACAAUGUAUGAAAAAAAACUUAAUGGUAUCUUGGCGGAUGAAAUGGGUCUUGGUAAAACUAUUCAGACUAUUGCUGUAUUGGCACAUCUUGCUUGUGAAAAAGGUAAUUGGGGACCUCAUCUCAUCAUUGUGCCCACCAGUGUGAUGCUGAACUGGGAGAUGGAGCUGAAGCGCUGGUGCCCUGGGUUUAAAAUUCUCACUUAUUAUGGUAGCCAGAAAGAGCGCAAACUUAAAAGACAGGGCUGGACCAAACCAAAUGCCUUCCAUGUGUGCAUCACCUCAUAUAAGUUAGUUUUGCAAGACCAUCAAGCAUUCAGACGCAAGUCCUGGAAAUAUCUCAUUCUGGACGAGGCACAGAACAUUAAAAACUUCAAGUCCCAGCGUUGGCAAAGCCUGCUGAAUUUUAACAGUCAUCGAAGGCUGCUGCUCACUGGCACGCCACUUCAGAACAGUCUAAUGGAGUUGUGGUCACUCAUGCACUUCCUCAUGCCGCACGUCUUCCAGUCGCACCGUGAGUUCAAGGAGUGGUUCUCCAACCCACUGACUGGUAUGAUUGAAGGCAGCCAGGAGUACAAUGAGGGACUUGUGAAACGGCUGCAUAAGGUGCUGAGGCCCUUUCUUCUCAGACGAAUCAAAGCAGAUGUGGAAAAACAAAUGCCCAAAAAGUACGAGCAUGUUGUGCGAUGUCGCCUCUCCAAACGACAGCGCUUCCUUUACGAUGACUUUAUGGCACAGGCUUCAACAAAGGAAACUCUCGCCAGUGGUCAUUUCAUGUCUGUGAUCAACAUCCUGAUGCAGCUGCGUAAAGUGUGUAACCACCCCAACCUGUUUGACCCUCGGCCCAUCCACUCUCCCUUCAUCAUUAGGCCUAUCAUCUACUCCACUGCCUCCCUGGUUCUGCAGGCCUCGGACAAAUCCCCUUUUCAGCACUGUGACAUUUCCAUCUUUGAUCUGGUCAAUCUGGAGGGAUGCGUCUCUCGAUAUCAAGCAGAUGUUUACCUUCCUCAUAGAAAAGUGACUCGCCAGCUCAUUCAGGAGAUCAUGGAGUCCCCCGAGCCUCCACCCAGACCCAAACCUGUUCGCAUGAAGGUCAACAGGAUGCUUCAGCCACUCCCUAAGUCUGAUGGGCGUUUAGCAGGGACAGAAAACAACCCAAAGCCCACAUGUCCAGUCUCGCCUACUGUCCAGCCUCCAAGGCCUCCUCCUAACACAGAGGUCUGUCCUGCUCCUGCACAGCCAGUCCCACCAGUCUGUCCUGCUACUCCAGUUGCUACUCCAAGACCGUCAGUGUCACAAAGUGUCUCUUCAGCAGGAGCUGCAAAUCCCAUCAUGAGUGUUCGACCCCCACCACCGUCCAUUGCCCCUGCUCCACUGGCUUCCACUCAACCUGCCAGUAAUGUUGUGACUCAAAGGGUCCUUCUCAGCCCUGAUAUGCAGGCCAGAUUGCCAUCUGGAGAGGUGGUUAGUAUCGCCCAACUUGCCUCCUUGGCCGGUCGUCCAGUAUCAUCCAGUCAGGGCAGCAAGCCAGUCACAUUUCAGUUGCAGGGCAACAAGCUCACACUCUCUGGUGCCCCACCUCCUCCCCAGCCACAGGCCAUUCAAGGAAAUGUAGUUCAUCUGGUAUCCAGCGGUGGGCAGCACCACCUUAUUAGUCAGCCAGCUCAGGUUGCAGUUCUCCAUACACUUAGUCAGUCAGGUAGCAUCUCAGCAAAUCCCAACCCAGCAAGCACUACCCCAACCUGCUCUGGACUAGUGUUACCCCUCACUGCCGCUCAAGUACCAUCAUCCAGAGUAAGUGGACCAGGAAUUGUUAAGAUUGUUGUUCGUCAAGCACCAGGCAAAGAGGGUGGGCAGGUCCCCACUCUGGCUGUGUCUCCUUCUCUUCGUGUUGCUGCUCCUCAGUCUGUCUUGCUGCACCCACAUGGUACUCCAAGCCCUGUGUUGAGACUGCCUACUCCUCAACCGCCUCCCCAGAGGCCUCCUGUUUACACUGCUUCACCUCGAGCCUCUACCGCAACCCCUAGUCAACCUCCACCUACCCGUCCUGUGGUCAAGGUGCAGGAGGAGCCGACAACAAGCUCUGACUUAGCUAAGGUGAAAGCUUCAUCAGGCCCUGAGGAGAGCAGUAGUAAUGUCACCUCGCAUGUAGGCAAUCAGAAGCCUGCGGCAUCAUCUCAAAGCAAUGCAGUUAGAUGUCAGCGCCCCCGAGUCCAACCUCCACCACGAUCUCCCUUCCACAUGUCAUUGCUUGAGGACCGGCUUAAGGCUCACCGGGAUGAUCGGAUAUCUCAGAUCUUUCGAAUCAAUGAAUUGCACUGUAACAGCAAACCUGUGUAUGGAAAAGAGGUUUUGGACUUUCUCACUUUUCUACCCGGACCUAAUCCAACUCCAACCCGUCCCAUACUUAACACAUGGAGCCAUUCAGGCUACAGCUCUUGCCUCAUUUCUCAAUCCCAGCUUAAGCAUGAUCACCAGGACAGCUGCAAAACCUUGAGAAAAGUCAUUCACAGCUCUGAGGAAAGACUGCAGAUGAUGAGCGAGAUCCUAGACAGGUUCACGUUUGUCAUUCCUCCAGUGGAGGCCAAGCCCAUCACCAUGCACUGCUGCCAUCCUCCACCUUCCCUCAGCCAUCAACAGACUCUUGUCUCUGCGGUUCUCUCAGCUCAUCUUUAUCCUCUCAUGCAUCUGAUGCACCACAUCCAAUGCAAUAUGCGGACCCACUUCCCUGACCUAAGACUCAUCCAGUAUGACUGUGGUAAGUUGCAGACUCUUCACCUCCUGCUCCGGAAAUUGAAGGCUGAGGGUCACAGAGUGCUUAUCUUCACUCAGAUGACCCGUAUGCUGGAUAUACUGGAACAAUUUCUCAACUAUCAUGGACACAUUUACUUACGACUGGAUGGUAGCACACGAGUGGAGCAGAGACAGGCCCUGAUGGAGCGCUUUAAUGCAGACCGCCGGAUCUUCUGUUUUAUCCUGUCAACCCGUAGUGGAGGUGUGGGAGUAAAUCUGACAGGGGCGGAUACAGUGGUGUUUUAUGAUAGUGAUUGGAACCCUACCAUGGACGCUCAGGCUCAGGAUCGUUGCCAUCGAAUUGGACAAACCAGAGAUGUUCACAUUUACAGACUAAUCAGUGAACGCACUGUGGAGGAGAACAUUCUUAAAAAAGCCAAUCAGAAGAGGAUGUUGGGAGAUAUGGCAAUUGAAGGUGGUAACUUCACAACUGCAUUUUUCAAAGAGCAAACCAUUCGGGAGUUGUUUGAUGUGAGUGAGGCAGAAAAAAAGGAAACGGAAGCACUUGCCCCACAGCUGGAUGAGGAGGAAUCCGUUAAUAAACAACAAACAAAUAUUUUAGAGCAGGCUUUAUGCCGUGCUGAGGAUGAGGAGGACAUAGUAGCCGCAUCCCAAGCCAAAGCAGAGCAGGUGGCUGAACUUGCAGAGUUUAACGAAAAUAUUCCUCUGGAUGACGGUGAGAGCAGAGACCCGGAGGAGGAGGAGCUUUCCAAGGCUGAACAGGAAAUUGCUGCUCUUGUUGAACAGCUCACUCCCAUUGAACGAUAUGCCAUGAAUUUUCUGGAGGCAUCUCUUCAGGAUAUUUGCAAAGAAGAACUGAAACAAGCAGAGGAGCAAGUUGAAGCUGCAAGAAAGGGACUGGAUCAGGCCAAGGAGGAGGGUCUAAAACUGCAUCAAUCGGAUAACGAUGAUGAGGAUUCUGUGCCUCACAGUCCCGAGGAGCACCACCCAGCUCGUCGCACACGCAAACACAAAGAGAAAGGUGCCCCCUCUACAAGGGUCAGCGGCAGACUUAGAGGAACGCCUGCUAAACUGGACGAUCUGCCUGCAACACAUCAAUCGCCAGAAAGGGAAAAAGGGAGAAAAAAAGAAUCGCCGAUCUCUGAGACCAGUGCAAGCCAUGCUCCUGGGUCUAGCUCCAGGUGCAAGUCUCCUCAACCCAGAGAAGUGCCUGAAAGACAACGUAGUACUCUGCGAGGAAGAGGGGCAAACAAGGAACAAGUGACCUCAGCAACACCACCCCAGACUGAGCACAAAAAACCCCAAACUGAUCAGCAGCCUUCUGAUUCAGAAACAUCGGUUUCACCUAAACAAGUCUUUGGUUCAAAACCCACUUUAGCACCAUCCCAAAAUCAGCACCCCGUUUCUCCAAGUUUAGUGCCUUCAGCUGCUGCUUUUGCAACAGUGGAAAAAAGUCCCAGUGGAACUUCUGCCAAUAAACGUGAAGCAGGGGCACAGUCAGACACCUCUCAACAGGGGGUAAGAGAGAGGAAGGCAUCACUAUCUUCUGAUUCUGUAUGCUCACCUGAACCUCAGCCAGAGCAGAACAGCCAGCAUUCACCCAUAUUUUCAAUGGCAUCUCCACAGUCACGUUCACCGCGUAAGCGCCAGUCUGCUGAUGGAGAAGUCUUAAAGAACCUUCCAGAGGAUUCACCAUCUGCUAAGGUUCUUAGAAAGCUUCCUGGCCGCCUUGUCACUGUGGUGGAAGAUAAGGAACCAAAGCGGAGGAGGAGGGGUGAGAGUGGAAGUGGUGGAGUACAUACCGAAGGUUCAUCAGAAGAGACUGAGCAAGCAGAGUUCACCCAAGAUGCAACCCCCUGUUCUCCUGAUCGACAAAGCCAGUCAGUCAAAGAUAACUUUCUACCUAAAUCACCAUCCAGAUCCCCCUCACAGGUGCAGCCAGGACAGGAACAGGUCUCACCAUCAUCGCGAAGUCCAGGAAGAAGCUACCACCCCUACUCCCCUACACAUCAUUCACCAGACAUGCCUGUUCUUCGGAACUUACCAGUGCGUCGGCGCUUAGAAACAGAGUCUCGAAUGGCUGCUCAGUUAGGUGAACAGUUCCUUGGUAGAGGCAGGGGGCAUGACCGACGCACUCCUCUGUCACCAAAGAAACAGGAGCCCAAUUCAUCCAAGGAUGACACUGCUACCCCUAAUGUUGUGUCUUGUUCAAGUGCAACCAGUACUACACCUUUGAAGCGUAAAAGGGGUAGACCUCCCAGGAUUCAACCCACCACACCAGAAGCUACAGAACACAACACCUCUGUGGCCCAGAAGCAAAAAAGUGAAAGUCCACAAAGUCCUCCCUUGUCACCAAAACGUAAAAGGGGUCGUCCACGCAAAACUUUAUCACCAAAUAUAGGCAGUGGUAAAUCUGGUGAGGGGGUAAGCAGUCCUACGAACUUAUCCAUACCCAGUUCAGAGGAAAGCGUCCUUCCUGUUCAGCCUACAGUUUUGCCCUCCGAGAGCCCAGUAGUAAACUCUCCAGCGAUUGCUUCUUCUGCUUCAUCUAAAGCUGUGGAUUUGCAUCAGCAGCCUAAAACAGACUCUGAAAAUCAACUCACUACACCCAUUUCCCCGUCUUCACCACCUUGUGACUCUUGCAUAAUGCAAACCUCUACUUCAAAACUGCCAUCUGAAAAUGCAAGCCUAAAGGUCUCAGCUCUGGAAUGUAACUCGCAAGCUGUUUCACCUACUGCUUUACCGCAGGACCUUCAGACAUCCAAUUUCAGUCAAACCAACACAGAGCUUUCACUACAGCCCGAUACAACCCCAAGGUCUACUCCUGACCAACAACCUACAUCUUCUAUAAAAUCUGUUUCUCAAGGUAGUUCUGUAACCACAGCGCCCUCAAAUGACCAAGCAAAAGACUCUCCAAUGCAAUCUAAUCAGAGUGAAGCUCCUCCAAAAGUCCCAACUAUACCUGCCGAAUCGUCGUCACAGCCCUCCCUUGAAAACUCGGCAACUGAAGAUUCUUCAAUAAAAGCAUCUGUUAGUCCCGUAAAGUCCCCAACCAUGCCUGAUGAGCCCACAUCUGAACCCAUUAACACCACUGUACAGCCAUUACUAAUUGAUAACUUGACUUCACCUUUUGUUGCACCCAGUAACAUGAUGCAAAAUACAAGUAAUUCCAGCCAACCAAAGACUGUUCCAGCUUCAAGUCAACCAGCAGAAACAGCUCUUACAGAUUCAAGCCAAACAUUAACAUCUAAAACUUCCCCAGAAUCACCUAAAAUGACAACUGAAGUGUCUCAGCCAUUACCAGCUGUUUGCCCGAAAACUUCAUCUAUUCAGUUCCCUGCGGAACAGCCUGAAACUAAGAAUCAGCAGGAACCCAGGGGAUCAACAGAAAGCAGUUUGAUUAAAAACACAGAAGAAAUGGAAGUGGAGGAUUCUGGGAAGUUUGAGCAAUUAGAGAAAAAUAAUAGCCAAUCACAAGGAAAAAAAAGGAAAAUGGAAAACUUACAAGAGGAUAAAAUGUUUGAGGAACUCACAGUUUUGGAAACAGAAAUGCCAACUACGUCUGAGAGUGAUAGAGCAGAUAAGUCAUUAGAGGAGGAGAGUGUGACAGAGGGGCAGAAAAGAAAAAAUGAGUGCAGAAAACAAAGCAUCAGCAGACAAAGUAGUCAGGAAUCGGUCUGCUCCUCCUCUCCGUCCUCUGUUUCCUCUUGCAAUACUCGUUCAUCAUGGUCAAAAAAUGCUGAAGAAAGUGGUGUCCCUGCAAAGCGAAAACGAGUGGAAAGGGACUCAAAAAAAGCAAGUGCAGACAGAGAGACUGAUGAGGAGCCAGUGACACCUGCUAGAAAACAGUGUUCCAACUCAUCUUCCUCUUUCUCAGACUCAGAAGACUCAGCUGUCCAGGAGAGACGCCUUACUCGCUCAUCACAAAAAGUCUUGGAAAAGGAGAGCAAGUGUGACAAAGAUAACGAGCACAAGAAAGGACGAAGAAAGUCAGGCAAGAAGGUGGCUGCAGAAGAGGAAAGCACUGGAGCUACACCUGUUAGACUAACUCGUAAGUCUUUACAGCUGUCAGCUCCAACCUCACCUGAGCCUGAGGUACUAAGCAAACGCUGCUCAGCCCUUAAUGCUGCUGCCAAGCUUUUGGCUAUGAGGGGAAGGGGACCAGAUUCACCCAGUUCUAGUGGCAAGGGUAAGAUGUCACAAGAACAACAAAUGGCUUCUGUAAAAAACAUUAAACCUAAAGGCAAGACUGAAGUAGACUUUCCUAAGACAAAUUCAAGUGAUAAAAUCAGUAGUGGUCAGCAAAGCUUUUCUCGAUUAACAGAUUCCCCAACUGCUCCUGGGGUAGGUCACUCUCCUGCUCGUUCUACUCGUCAGCGACCAGGAAACCUGGUCACUCCCUUAGACACUGAAACAAAAAAAUUAAAAAAAGAAGAAAAGAAAAACACUUUGGAGGUGGAGGAUGAAAAGAGGGAGACGAGAUCUUCGAGAGGCCACAGUGCGUGCAGUAGUAUUAGCAGCGAAAGAGGGGCAGGCAGCAGUAGAAGUCGGAGCAGUAGCAACAGCAGCCAGUGCACUCGCAGCCUUAGCUCUCGGAGCACCGGUCGAUUGUACUCUCGUUCAAGAGCUCCUUCAUCGGGUAGUGACACCGAAAGAGGAAAAGGAAAGCUGAAGAAAACAGGAGAGAGCAGAGGCCGUGAAAGCAGGAAAGGAAGGCAUUCACACAAGCAUGAUAAGCCGGAACUGAGUGCUGGGUCAAGUGAGGGAACUCCUGACCGAGUUCUGCGGAGCGUUGCUGCAUUGGCAGUGGCCCAGGCACGCCCACCAUCUAGUAACACCCGUUCAUCUGCCAGUCAUCACCGGCAAACCAAAACAUGAUUAGAAAAUGAAACAUAACUGUUAGCUGGUGGAUAAUCAUGUAUUAGAACUGCAGUAAUAAGAAAAGAGAUUUUACGGGUCUUAAGGAAUGGGGAUCAAACUUGCUAGUCAUUAACCAUUGGUCGGUGUUGAGGGGAUGGAUAGUCUGUUGCACUUUUUGGUAGAAGCUUAACUUGCUUUGGGUGCAUUUUCAGAUACUAAGCCAUCUUCAGUGUGCUGAGGGAAUGGAUGGGAAAGUACCCAUUUAAAAUGACAGCAAAACAGUCCUAAAUGAGAUCACAAGGACAGUACCUCAAUAUACUACAAGGAGUUUGGACAGCUGGGCAAGGGGCAAGAGCUGUUAGAUCACACUAUGUACUGUAAUCAUUUAAAGACUGGAAUACUAAUAGAAGUAUCUGUGAGGAUGGGUCACUUAGAUUGUACCCUUAUACAGAAUUUAUUUGUGCUGCACAGAGGAUUGCAAAGUCAUUUAUGCUACAUUUGUAAGAUUGAGAGUUCAAUUGUUGAUGCUUUUAAACAGUUGGCUUACAACGAAAUGUUGCCCAACUGUAGACUAUUGUUUGGUUAAAGAUGAUUGAUAAAUUAAGAAUAUUCUGCGGUUUCUUCCAGGGUAUGAAGAAAGCAGGUCUGUAAAUGUGAUUUUGCUGCACUAUGCUGGAGUUAGUCUCUGCUAAGACCUUUUUGUGUAUUUUUUUCUAUCAAUUACUUUUAAGUCCAGCCUGCAUUUGCACAUCUCACAUAAUGCCCCCUGAAUUAAAAUGUAUUGUAAUUUGUUUUUUUAAAUACAAUUCAAUCAAAUUAAUUCUUUAUUGGUACCUCACAAAAUGUAUGUAUAUCUCUUGAGCUUGUACAAAAUCUUAGUCUGCUUGUCAUUUGCUUUUUGGCAACAUGGAGAUAUGAAAGGUAACUUCAUUUUCGCCUUUUCUAAAGUAUUGGUAUAGUCUACGUUUCAUUAAAUUUCAUCGUUAAGCAGUCAAGUCAUUGUGACAAAGUGAGUGCCUGUUAAUCCUCAUGGGAAUGGAUCCCUGUAUGCCUUGUUCAGAAAAGUUAAGGCUUCAAACAUUUUAGUGUUUAAAAUGUAAUAAAGACAUUUUUUCAACCUAACCCUUCUAUGUUACGGUGCAACCAAACUAAAAUCAUCUUUUCAGUGUAAAUUGCUGUUGUCAAUGUUUCUCUGCAUUGGUCAUUUUAUCACAGGACUCCAGCAAGAAUUUAUUUUUCUUCCCCCUUUUCAGCUUAUCCUUGGCAGACAAGUUGCUGUCUUGGUCCCAUUGUGGGGUUAAAGACUUGUUUGAGUGAAUGGAUAGAAUGUGGUGAUGGUAUUAUUUUUUUGUUGUUUGUCUCUUUUCUAAUUUGUUACAUUCCUUUUGUUCCCUUGUAAUUCCAUAUUGUUUUACUUGAACGAUUGAAACAACAGAAGUCAGUUGAAUAAAAAGACCAAAAAUACACAA